AUGUAUUUCAAUGUCCAAUCAGAUAACGGUACAAUCACGAAUGAUCACGCCUUGAGGCAGUGGAGUUCGAGAUACGCUCGAAGCAUCGAGGACGUUAAAGAUCCUAGGGUUGCAAUGAAUUUGGGAAACCUCUUAACAUCUGCCGGAUUUGUCAAUGUUGAAACGAAAUUGAUCAAUAUCCCAUUAGCUGCAUGGUCAAACGAAUUUGAGGUACUUGUAGCACAGGCUCGCAUCGAGGUAGAUAACCUCUCACUUAAAGCAUACUUCCCGCUCGUAAUCCAGAUCAAACUACCUAGGCGAAAUUUGUUUGGUGUUGCCAGCCAUGGCAAUCUGGAGGCCAUUGUUUGUUGUUUGGAUGCUAAGGGUCCCCAAGCCAUGAAGCCAAAAGAGUCUUCAAGUCUCUUACAUGCUGCGAAUGGAUGUGAUUUCAAUUUCAUCAAAAAGGAGAAUAUUCGAGAAGUUGAGGGAAAAGCUACCGUUUUGAAGUGUCUGAAGCUAUCUUUCCAGCGUGAACCUUACUAA